AUUUUCCCAUCAGUCUAAUCAAAUAGAAAAACCUUUUGCCUAAUUUCCCCACCAUCCGCCUACCGCACUAUGGCACUGUAUCACAAUAAAAACAUAGAAACUGAGUAGUAAAAUGAGUGUAUGAUUAUGAAGGAUUGAGCGGCUAUAUGGGCACCCCUGAAUGAAUAAUACAGUGGGGUAUAGUUGGCUUGCCUUGGACCACAAACUAAUGUUUUUGGUUUGCAGGUCAUUCACAUGUCCACUAGAUGGCAACAUUAACUUGGAGAGAAAAAAUGUGUAUGGAAUGUCCCUGCAGCAAAGUAGGCUCUUGUCUCUUGUGCGCCAUGCGUUCAUCCACGUGACAUGGGUGUAAAUCAGAGGAGACUGGUGGGAGGAGCUAUAGGAGGACGGGCUCAUUGUAUGCCUGGAAGGGAAUCAAUGGAACGUAUCAAACAUAUGGAAACCACAUGUCUGACUCCGCUCAAUGUAUCCAUUCCAGCCAUUUCAAUCCCCCUAUAGCUCCCCCCACCAGCCUCCUCUGGGUAUGUAUGUUUCGCCAUAUGAUAUUAAAAAGUAGGCCUACAUUAUGUCAUUGGCUAUUUAUUAACAAUCACAUAUUAUCCGACUAAUGCUUACACACAUUUGGCCAAGCAAGCAUUCCGACUAUUCUUUGACAAAGACUUUAACGCACAACAUGGACAAGAGUACAUGCAUUUGAUUUGCCUAAGAAAGCACACAAAUGCUUGACGUGUCAAAAUGAAUAAACAAGCAACAACAACGAAAGCAAAGGCUUUACGCCCACUCGAGCGCAUGCCUGCAUUCCUCCUCUCCAUUACAAAUAUGUCUUUAAUAAGCCUAUAAAAACGUUGUUGUAGUAAAACCGGGAGGUUCAAUGAUUGGCUGUGUAAACUUUGGGUCAGUCUGAUUGGUCGGAGAGAUCUUUGCGAAUGAAGGGGCUUUGAGGAGCCUUCGGGAAUGUCUUUGAAUGGGACUGGACUUGCGCUGCAUCGGGCUAAAAAAAAUGCACACUUAAACACGGGGUCAUAACAUUGGAUUAUCUGUCUGUGGAUAUACUUGAAGUUCUCUGUCUUUAACGGAAUUAACAGUUGACAAACGUAUGCCACUGCUCAAGGAGACCCAGAUUAAAAACCGGGAGCAGGUCUGUUUCGCUCUGUGUGUGAUCUGUCAAAUAGUUUUCAUCCAACAUUUUACUGGAACCAAUUAAGUUUUAACUGACUACAAUUCAACGGUACGAUAACAGUGCCGUUAUCAUAUGCCCCUAUCACUGGAUAUAAAUGAGCUGUACUUUUUAUUGUAAAAAAAGUAGGAUUUAUUCAUAGAAUACGUUUUAACGGAUUUGUGCCAUAGAGGAGAAACGAAUAACAGGAGUACCCAAAGUGAAAGACAAUAAUUACGUGCACACCAGACAUGAUGAUCUUUGCGCCCUUGUUUCUCGCUCUUGGCUACAUGGCGACCUUUGCGCACGGGUGCCAACUGCCAACCGAGUGGCGUCCACUGAGUGAGAACUGCCGUGCGGAACUGGCGGAGAUCAUUGUGUACGCCAAGGUGCUGGCAAUUCACCGGGAGCAGUACGGCGGGGCAGAGGGCCUCCACAACUCCCUGCCAUUCCCGUACGGGUAUGGUUAUGAAGGCGCCGAGGAAGGGUUGCUCUACUCCGCAGAGGUGGAGCUCAUGUGCGACCAGGCGUGGGGCAGCAUGCUGGAGGUGCCGGCGGGCUCGCGCCUCAACCUGACAGGGUUGGGGUACCUGUCGUGCCAGUCUCACACCGUGAUGGAGAACUACUCCUACAUCUUCUUCCUCCGGAUGGAUGAGAACUACAACAUUCUGCCCCACGGGGUCAACUUCCAGGACGCCAUCUUCCCAGACACCUUAGAGAACCGCCGUACGUUCUCCAGCCUGUUCCAGUUCUCCAACUGCUCCCACAGCCAACCCCUCCAGACCUUCUCCCCAGAAUGGGACCCCCAGGAGGACAGCAGGCUCCUGUGCUCCUCGGUGCAGGGGGCUCUGUUUGAGGAGGAGGAGAAGAGCAGGAAGCAGCAGGAGCGCCUGGUCCAGCUGGAGAGGAGGAACAGGCAGCUGAAGGAGCGCGUCCGGAAGGUGAAGCGCUCCCUCCGGAACGCCAGGAAGAGCCAGCGCCAAGCGGAGCAGGAGAUGCAAGGGCUGGAGGAGAGGCUGAGGUCAGCGGAGAGACGGGCUGGGCACCACCUCAAUUCCAUCACACAGGAGGCUACGCCCAACAGAUACCAGGAGACUGUGUUACACCGCACGCCACACACACCGCUUUAGUCUCUAGACGGGAUGUUGUUAAAGACUGCUGGGCAGUCUCUCUAAUUCCUGUUGUUCGCAGGCACGCACGCAUGCAUCCACAAACACACACAAUACUCAUUUAGUGUCAUAUUCAGCCAUAUAUACUGUAGUUUCUACACAUAUUACAUAGAGAGGGCAUCCAGUAGCCCUCAAAUAGCAGACAGAGGGAAUUACUAUUAGUGAAUGACUAGAGAGAAUGAGAGAGAUAUUGUGUAUAGUUCCUAUUAAUACACAGCACUGUCAUACAGCUGAUGGCUAGACAGAUUAAAUGAAUUUAGAGUGAGUAUAUGAUGAGUGAAUGACUAGAGUGAAUGAAGAAAGUGAGGUUACUUUCUGGUAGGUGUGUCUGUGGGCAUUUGUGCCAUGUGUUGUCUGUUGCUGUCCUCGUGCCAACACCACCAAAGAAAAUGUCCAUGAGGCAUUGGGAUCAUUAUAUAUGAAUGUAUUACUGAAGCUGCAUAUAAACUCUAAUCAGGCAUUA